AUGUCAACAUACAAACUUUAUUAUUUUAAUAAUCGUGGUCGUGGUGAAGUAUGUCGUUUAAUAUUUGCUGCAGCUGGUCAAAUAUAUGAAGAUAUUCGUUAUGAAGAUGAUCAAUGGUUAUUAUAUAAAGAUAAAAUACUAUUAGGUCAAAUGCCUGUACUUGAAUAUAAUGAUAUAAAAUUACCACAAUCAAGAGCUAUUGCUCGUUUUCUUGCUAAACAAUUUCAAUUAGCUGUUUUUGAUGAACAAAAUGAUGUUAAAAGAGAAGAACUUAGUAAAAAAUUCUUUAGUAAAGAACUUCCUAAACAUUUACAAAAUCUUGAUGUUUUACUUAAAGUAUUUGGUAAUGGUGGUUCAUUCUUUGUUGGUAAUCAUUUAACAUGGGCAGAUUUAUAUUUUUAUAAUUUUUUUGAAACUAUUCUUGGCAUCAAUGAAAAUUGUUUAAAUAAUUAUCCAUCAUUAAAACAAAAUCGACAAGAAGUUGAAAAACAACCAAAAAUUGCAAAAUAUCUUCAAAAUCGACCUAAAACAUCAGUUUAA